AUGGCCUCUUUUCAAUCGUUUAUCGGUUACAUUUCCGUCUCAAAUCGAUGUGAAAUACUGAACAAGAUUGCUAAAAGGUUUAAGUCGAAAGGGAUAUUAAAAGAAAAGCCGGAUACCGACAACUCCAGAUUUAAAAGUGUUGAAAGGUCUGUUAAAUAUGUUGGUGCAAACAUCAAAGACAAUAAAAAUAGUUCAAAAAAGUUUCCCAAAGCUGGUGCAUGUGUUCAUCUUAAUAUACCUAUAUCUACAUAUUGCACGGAUACUAAAAAGAAAGAGACCGCACCGAGCGGUAAACCGCCAAAAUCAUCGGCAGGUGGGGCUAAGGGCAAAAUUAUUGCUGUCAUCGGUGCCGUGGUAGAUGUGCAGUUUGAUAAAGAUUUACCACCGAUUUUGAACGCACUUGAAGUUCCAGGCCGAACACCGCGUUUGAUUCUUGAAGUAGCGCAACAUCUGGGUGAAAGCACAUGCCGUACUAUAGCCAUGGACGGAACUGAGGGUCUCGUGCGAGGCCAACCUAUAGUUGACACUGGGGCGCCAAUUACAAUUCCUGUCGGUGAGCCAACACUUGGUAGAAUCAUUAAUGUCAUUGGAGAACCAAUUGAUGAACGUGGACCAAUCGCAACAGAUAAGUUUGCUCCCAUUCACGCAGAUGCACCGCCAUUCGUUGAAAUGUCAGUUGAUCAAGAAAUUCUUGUAACAGGCAUCAAAGUCGUGGAUUUAUUAGCUCCAUACGUCAAGGGCGGUAAGAUUGGUCUUUUUGGUGGCGCCGGAGUCGGGAAGACUGUACUAAUUAUGGAGCUUAUUAAUAAUGUGGCUAAGGCCCAUGGUGGGUUCUCCGUAUUUGCAGGGGUUGGAGAACGUACAAGGGAGGGUAAUGACUUAUACAAUGAAAUGAAAGUGGGUGGUGUUAUUAAAGAAGACUAUAAGUCAUCUAAAGUGGCUUUAGUGUAUGGGCAAAUGAAUGAACCACCAGGUGCAAGAGCUCGCGUAGCUUUAACAGGACUGACUUUAGCUGAACACUUUAGAGACAAGGAAGGCCAGGACGUGCUACUAUUUAUAGACAACAUUUUUCGAUUCACUCAAGCUGGCUCCGAAGUAUCAGCUUUGCUUGGUCGUAUCCCCUCUGCUGUAGGUUACCAGCCAACUUUAGCUACCGAUAUGGGUACCAUGCAAGAACGGAUUACGACAACUACCACAGGUUCUAUUACAAGUGUACAGGCAGUGUACGUCCCGGCUGAUGAUUUGACAGAUCCAGCUCCGGCCACUACAUUUGCUCAUUUAGACGCCACUACGGUGCUUUCUCGAGCUAUCGCUGAAUUGGGUGUGUAUCCUGCAGUAGAUCCCUUAGAUUCUACAUCAAGAGUGAUGGAUCCGAAUAUAAUCGGUGCAGAGCACUAUGGAGUAGCGAGAGGUGUUCAGAAAAUGCUGCAAGAUUAUAAGUCAUUACAAGAUAUUAUAGCUAUCCUGGGAAUGGACGAGUUGUCGGAGGAUGAUAAAUUGACAGUUGCUCGUGCUAGAAAGAUCCAACGUUUCUUGUCACAGCCGUUCCAAGUCGCCGAGGUGUUUACGGGUCACGUCGGGAAGCUGGUUAAAUUGGAGGAAACGAUAAAAGGCUUCAAACGAAUCCUGGGCGGAGAAUUGGAUCACAUCCCGGAGGCUGCGUUUUAUAUGGUGGGAACGAUUGAAGACGUUGUCGCGAAGUCUCAAUCUUUGGCGAAAUCCUAA